AUGACAGACGAGUUUCUAUUUCAAGACAAUAAGAACCAUACUGUUUGUAUAAAUCCAACAAAAGGAACUUUAAACGAGAAACCUAUAGAUGAACUUCUUUUGAAAGCAGAUGUUGACAACAAAGCUGACAAAGAGUAUGUCAUUGAAAAAGUUCAAGAAGAACAUGACAGAGCAGAUGCAACAUAUGCAACGAAAGAACAUACUCAUCCUGAACUAGCGGACAAAACAUAUGUUGACAAUAAAAUGUCAAGUGAAGUGACAAGAGCUGAAAACGAAUAUUCUAAAAAGACUCAUACACAUACCAUUGCAAAUAUUACAAACUUACAAGAAACCUUAAACAAGAAAAGUGACGUUGGACAUACACACGAUUUCUUCGCAACUGUUGGUAUAGAAAAUAUUGCAGGAACGGUUGAAGAACCUGAUGGAACUGGUGGGGAUGUAUUAAAUUGGAAACCUCCUAACUUUCCACAAGGUUUAACAUCGGAUGAAGACAUAACGACGAUGAGAUACAUUAGAUGUAGAAAUGUCUAUGUCAUGGAGGAUGAAAACAAAGUUAAAUUCACUGCUCAAGAUUUAUAUGAUAAAAAAGCUGACAAAACAUAUGUUAACGAUGAGUUAGAUAAAAAAGCUGACAAAACAUAUGUUAACGAUGAGUUAGUUAAAAAAGCUGACAAAACAGAGCUUCAAACGUUAAAGACAGAAAUACUUCAAACAGUAUAUUCCUAUAGGUUCUAUUACACGUCAAUGAAACUCUACCAGACCAGAAGUAGUUACUUGUUUUGGAACUUGGACUCAAAUAGUCGACAGGUUUUUGUAUUGUGCAAACUCUUCAAAGGAAACAGGUGGGAGUAA